AUGAGACUCGAUUCUAAAGUUUAUUCGGAAGCACAGAUGGCAGCGCGGAUGCCUCGGUUCAAGUACCUGAUGGUUGGGCUCGUCUGCGGUGCCGUCGUGCCCACAAUGUACGCCCGGCAUUAUAACUUACCGCAUUUUGAUUUCCAGACGAUGAAAGAAGAGAUGAAAGUGCUCCCCAGGCAGGAGCAGAAUGUGCCGCAGGUAACGCAUAUCCGGCAUGGGCUGGCACCCAUCGAGGAUGAGGAUGCGGACACAUACCUAUUAAUGUCGUCCAUCAUGUAA